AUGCCUCAUCAUAUCCCUUGGACAGUCCAUGUGAGAGAGCAUCCAGGAUCAACGAAAGAUGGCAUCUCUAACGAGCCGGAUUGGUCCCAUGGCCACCAGCACCGCAUUGGAUUCCUGAACAGGCAAGGCCGGCUACCUGGAGUUACACAUCAAGACGAUGAGGUGGGGAAUUUGCUUGAGUUGACCAGAUCUUCAAGUUCUUCAGAGCCGGACGAAGAAGAGGAAUUUGAUGAGCAGGCCAAGAAAGAUUACGAGCAGCCGGAGGCUAGAGCGAAGAAGGGUGAUCUGAUCAGCUUCCGCGACCUCAUCACUAAUGAGAAGGACUUCCAUCUGAGGUAUCCAGAGAAUCGAAGCCUAGGUUGGCGAUAUCUGCUCGAGGCUACUGAAGACUGGGUCAAGAACGAGGAAGAUUGGCCAGCUAACAUCGAGAAGCGAAAGAAGGAGGAGGCUGCGAAGAAAGACAAGGAGACACGUACGAGCGAUGGAGUUGAGACAUCAGAGCGUAGUAAAGAAAGUAAUGAGAAACCAAGCCACGAAGAAAGUGGACAAGGGGAGAAUGACUGGAAGCGAAAAGAGGGCGAGAACUCGAAACAUCACGAUGCGUACGCCGCCGACGAUGAGCAUUCAGACCAAAGCGAUAAAGAGGGCAGCGACGAUGGAGACAAGUGUGAGUACCAGAAACUGCUCGAUCGAUACAGCCCUCAAGAGAUCGCACUGCUCAGAGCGCUACAACACGAAAAGGACUACCGGUACAAGCUGCAGCAGAACGAUGGCAAGCGCAAGAGCCCGCCGACACACAACAGAAGCACGAUCUCCAUCGAUGAGCAGGACCAAUUCUCACCCGACAGCUGGCUGCCACGUUCCGGAGAUCUUAUACGGCUGACUGGCAAGCAUCCUAUGAAUGCCGAGGCAGAUCUGAAGAAGCUGUUUGUCGAGUCGCAGAAAUGCGAACUCAUUACACCCAAUGAGCUUCACUACAUACGAAACCACGGAGCAGUCCCGCGGUUGCUAUGGGAGUUCCACAAGCUUGACGUGGAAGACGGCAAGCUGACACUAUGUAUGAACGACUUAAAGGACAAUUUCGAACACAUCAACAUCCCAGUGGCUCUCGCAUGUGAUGGCAACAGACGCAAGGAGCUCAACAUGAUUCGAAAGUCGAAAGGCUUCAGCUGGGGCGCUGGCGCAACUGGAUGUGCGUACUUAAAAGGCCCGCUAUUACGAGACGUGCUUGAAGCUGCUGGCGUGAAGCCCGGUAGAUAUACUGGAGAGGGCAAGCUAAGAUGGGUUAACUUUCAAGGCGCGGAUGAUCCAAGCGAAGGCAAGUACGAGACUUGUAUACCACUCGACUAUGCUAUGGAUCCUACGAACGAUGUGAUACUCGCGCUGUACAUGAACGAUGUCCCACUGCCUCCUGAUCAUGGCUACCCGGUACGACUGCUCAUCCCCGGCUAUGUCGGGGGACGGUGUGUAAAGUGGCUAAGCAAAAUAUGGAUCACGGACUAUGAAAAUCAGAGUCACUACCACAUCUGGGACAAUAGAGUAUUGCCGAGUUUUAUCACCCAGAAAGAUGGAGAGUUUGCGAAUGCCAUGUUUGCACAUCCGGACACUGCGUGCAACGAGCAGAAUCUGAACAGCGUUAUUGUCAAGCCAGCUCAAAGCGAGAAGAUACCCGUGGCCAAUGCGCGGCACGGACAGACAUACCGGAUCGAGGGUUAUGCCUACGAUGGCGGAGGGCACGAAGUGCAGCGCGUUGAAAUCAGUCUCGAUGGCGGCAACACCUGGCUGUACUGCAUUCGCAAGUUUUCCUGA